ACUUGGAUGUGGUCGUUGAUACUGAAUGGAGGGUUGGUAUGACGCCUUUACAUUAACCGGUGCUCCUAUAUCAUGGGAGCAAAUAAAGAUAAAACUAUCUCUUUCAAGUACUAAGUCCGAAUACAUGGCUAUACGUGAAGCUACAAGAGAGGGGCUUUAUAUGCGCGAAAUGUUGAACGAAAUUGUGGGAAACUUUCGACGCUCGAGUGCAAAACAACUAAACAUUUUGCUAUAGUAAUUAAAACUUUUUUAUUUGCCUAAAAAGAAAUUAAUAAUAGUAAUAGCUAGAUAAGCAAUAGAAAACAUUUGGCUUAAAAAAAUGUGGUUCACCGAAUGAGAGACCAAUAUCCGAAGACAAAGCAUAUACGGAGAAACAGAAAGUUAGUGGAAUAAAUGUAGAAGCAUACUGUGUUUCUGAAGGAUCAAUUCAGGCAAUAAAUAAAUGUAGAAAUAGCAAAAAUAAUACGGCAGGUAAUAAAGUGAAUGAACUCGGUUGGAUGUGUAGUAAUAUAGCAGGGUGUUAUAUUUCAAGCCGGCAUUUGCAUAGAAAGCCACAAUACAAUGGAUUUGAUACAUCUGCGAACAUUAAUAAAACCAAGAAAUAUAUCUCAUAUAUUGCUAAAAUUUGUUUAACCUGCCAACAAAUUACUUUUGUUUGUAACGUUUUUUAAUUCAAAAAGUAACUGGAGAGGAAAAUAAACCGAAAUCAACAAGAAAAAUUAUCGCCAAGCAUGUAAGCAACGAGUGUAGUUGCUCUGCCAAAGCUUUCGUCUCCACAACAAAGCUCACAUGCAUCUUUUUCCUCCAAGGAAUAUGCAAAUUUGGACAAACAAUUGCAACGAUUACAUCAAAGAGUUAACAAUAAUGAUCGAAUACCGGCUACGCCAUCAGCUAUAAAUUUAAUAUAAGAUUUUCUGGCUAAAUACUAAAUUCAUGUUCAGCUUACCACCAGUCAAAUGGUGAUUUGUUAAUGGUAUUAUCUUUAAUUAGUCAAAAUAUUUGUUCAGAGUGUUACAUCAGACAUAAAGCUAGGUUCCAGUCGGUAUAUGCACGGCGAUGGAUGUUUAAACACCAUCUUACUUAAUAGAGGAAAAUGAACGAUAGCGAACGUGAGUUUUAAUGCUACAAAAUUUGAGGAAGAAUAACAUAUUUCCUCUAAGUGUCUACAACUGGAUUUCAAAAAGUAAAUUGCCUUAUAUUUACCAAAGGAAGUAUUUGUUUUAUCAACUUCUGCUCCAUACCGUAUAGAACAGUUCGAAUUGCAAAACAAUAACGAAAAGUGAGUGUAAACAUUUAUUUGUCAUCUUUGCCGUGAGAAAAGUUCCCCAAAUCAUUCAUAAUAACUGAUCUAGCCGAAAUUUAUCUGGAUGAUGUUAACAAUAAAUUGAGUAAAAUAUCUUUAUCUAGUAAGACACAUUCUGAUUUUCCGAACGCAUAUUACAAACUGAACUUAGCUCCUCUAAUUGUUACCAGAAGUAUAAGAAAAUCUUUAAUUUCAUUAACAAAAUCAUUUAAUAUGAAUAAUUAGAAAUGCCAAUUCCGCAACACAAGUCACCGUAUAAUAUAAAGAAUGACGGAACUGGGCCAAAAUUUGAAACUCCUUAUAUUUGUACCGUACCCACAAGUAUAAAUGAAAAUUGCGUCAACUUAUUCAGUAAGAGCGGGGAUGAUAAUAUUAAAAAUGUGCCCACAAUAGACAGCAAAGUAUCAAAAAAUAAUUCUUUAAGUCCGAAUACAACGAGUGAAAAGGGUAAAAGUCGGAAUUUCAUUAAGGCUACGUUAAAUGUAUCAAAUGUACCGCUGAAUAAUGAAGUCACUGCUAUAAAAUGUAUUCCUACGAGAGCAGCACAUAGGAGAAACGACGAUUUUCAAGAGGAGCAAAUUCCUUGUAAAAACACAUCAACACAUAGCUUAGAAUCGCCGUUGCCAUACCAGGCUCUAAACUGUAACAGUAAUCAGAAUUUGUUAAAAACAAACACUCGAGAAUCCAUCGAACCGAAUAACAAUAGCUACAGCAAAAGUAGUAAUUCUAAAUCUGGCCUAGGCUCCAUUUUCUACAACAGCUCCACAAUCCACAGUACUAUAAGCGCCAAUAAAAUGGUUGGUGCACAAAAGAAAAUUCAGCAACAACCUUCACAAUCGCGUAAUCACGAGCAGAAUUUCCAUAACCAUAAUAGAGCAAGUGGACAUGAUGGGCAAGAUUUGUUAUUAAUAGAUAAAUCUGCCGUAAUUGAGUCCACAACGAAUACUCGGUACCAAAGUACCUUUACAGCUACGUAUAAUCAUGACAUUCACCAUGCGACGGAGAAAAUGUCCAAUAACGUUAGUGCCAAUGUUACCUCAGACAUUUCUCAUACAAACGACGCUUGCAUUAUGCAUUCAUUUACUGAUGAUAAUGUUUCCAUGAUAAAGAUAUGCAGCGAUGAUCUCAUAACAACAGCUAAGCUUUGUUCGGAACAGCAAGCACAAUUUGUACAAAAGUAUGAUAUAAAUCGUAGUAGGUGCCACGCACAACAAAUUCCCCCUACUAUGCAAGAGUAUACGAACGAUGAGAACAGCGAGAAUGUACCUCUUGUUCCAAUAACAUUAUCUGCCAACCUGAAAAUUUUGCAGAUGCAACCAGAGACAGAAAAUAUCCACAGCCAUCCGCAUCAGCAACAUCAAUUAACCCAUUAUAAUAGUAAUAAUACUGGAAUACAAAAACUUGGGGAACCAGAAAAAAAUUGGUACUCUUCGAAGUCUCUUACAGCAUUAUCCUUGGCCAGAAUAAUUUCGACAACAGCUACUGCGUCGUCUUCGACACUGGCUACACCUAUUACCUGUGCAUUGCCUAACAAAAUCGAUAUGUGUUCAUCAACAAGACUAUCAACUACAAACCCGGAUUGCAAAAUACCUUUUAUUCUCACAAGUGCAGUUACAGCAACUUCAGAAAGCAAUUGUUCAGUCCUAACGUCAUCCAGAACGGCUGCUACGGAAUGUCAGUUGGAACAACUACCGGAUGUAGGUGACACGUUUUCAUUCCAUGAGCAAAUCAUUAUGUCAGGACAGGAAAAGUGUGCCUUGCAGGCGAAACCUAAAUCUUUGGUUGUAUCUCCGCAGCAAGUAAUGGUACUAUAUAUGCAUAAAUUAACGCCAUAUGAGCGCACAGAAAUAUUAGCUUAUCCGCAAAUAUAUUUCAUCGGUGCAAACGCUAAAAAGCGACCCGGUAUAUUCGGUCCAAAUAAUUCCGAUUACGAUAACGAUCAGGGCGCAUAUAUACACAUAUCACAUGACCAUGUUGCUUAUCGCUAUGAAAUGCUCAAAGUGAUAGGUAAAGGUAGCUUUGGCCAAGUUAUCAAAGCAUAUGACCACAAAACGCAUGAGCAUGUCGCCCUGAAAAUUGUACGAAAUGAAAAACGCUUUCACCGGCAAGCACAGGAGGAAAUACGCAUUUUGCACCAUUUGCGGAGACAAGACAAGUAUAAUACAAUGAAUAUAAUCCACAUGUUCGAUUAUUUUACAUUUCGCAAUCAUAUGUGCAUUACUUUUGAGUUACUUAAUAUAAAUUUAUAUGAGUUGAUAAAAAAAAAUGGCUUCAAAGGUUUUAGCCUUCAACUUGUUCGAAAAUUCGCUCAUUCACUGCUGCAAUGCUUGGAUGCAUUAUAUAAAAAUGAGAUUAUUCACUGCGACAUGAAACCAGAAAAUGUAUUACUAAAACAGCAGGGGCGUUCAGGAAUAAAGGUAAUCGAUUUUGGCUCAUCAUGCUAUGAAAGCCAACGUGUCUAUACCUAUAUCCAAUCUCGUUUCUAUCGCGCGCCUGAAGUUAUAAUUGGAUCUAAAUAUGGACGAGCAAUCGAUAUGUGGUCAUUAGGAUGCAUUUUAGCUGAGUUACUUUCAGGCCAUGCCCUCUUCCCUGGAGAAAACGAAAGCGACCAAUUGGCAUGCGUAAUAGAAGUGCUUGGUAUGCCUAAUAAAUCCUUGCUUGUCAAUGCUAAACGGGCCAAAGCUUUCUUUAAUCCCAAGGGUUUUCCAAGGUACUGUAGUGUACGUACUAUGGCUGAUGGAACGGUUGUAUUAAUAGGUGGUCAAUCGCGGCGAGGAAAGCCACGAGGACCUCCUUGUUCUAAAAGCUUGUCAAAAGCUUUGGAUGGCUGCAAAGACGCACUAUUUUUAAAUUUCAUAAGAGGUUGCUUGGAGUGGGAUCCAGAAAAACGAUUGACGCCAGCAGAAGCUCUAAAACACCCCUGGCUACGGCGUCGCCUUCCACGACCCCCAAAUUGCGCUAGCUGCCCUGGUGAAAGAGAGAACAUCGGAGACAAUGGUGCGACUCCCAGAAGUACCAACGGUGAUAACACUCCAAUAAUUGAUAAAACUGAAAAAAUUAAAGGGAGCGAAAUCAGUGGUAAUAUCGUUGGGCCGUCAUCGUCAACAACUUCCUCUCUAAAGGAUAAUAUGUCAUCUCGAAGCGGCAUAGCUCUUGCUACUACUUUAACAUCAUGCAGUGGAGCUGUAGUUCCCUCCAUUUCAAUAUCAUCCAUUGCCAUAGAAAAUAAUGUGGUACAAAAUACGAUUGAACUCGUAUCUUUUAACAAUUCCUUUGUCGCUUCCGAUAAUGCAAGUACUAGCAGCCACCGUAUCAGUAGUUGCAGCAAUAGAAGUAGCUGUAAAUCCAUUAGCUUUAAUAAGUCAAACACUAGCGAUUUAUCUGCUGUUAGCGAACAGGCUGUUUCAGUAUCGCCAAUAAAAUGCUCUAUUUCACACUUUACAUCGUCGACAUGUCUAUUGUCCAACGUUUCCAAGCAGUGCGGAUGUAAGUGUGAUGUACUACAAUCCUAAAAACGUAAAUUAAAUGAAAUGAGAAUUAUAGAAAUGUCACUUUGUAAAGCAUUUAAAAACCUUUUUUAUUUUCAUUUAAGUAUGAUAGUAAAUUAGCAUAUUUUUUCACAUUAUGUGUAAUUUUCAUAUUAGUUUUAAUAAGUAUUUUAGUUUAAAAAAAGACUAAUUGGCUAAAAAGACUAACAGAAAAUUACAGGCAAAUUUCGGAUUGCACCAAAUAUGCACUGCUUUUUAUGCUAAGUUACAAAAUUAAUAGCCGGUAUAAGGAUCUUUGCCAACAACAGUUGUCGCGUUGUAUUAUUCACCAACAAGAAUGUGCAAUAUUGCCUUGCAAAUUAAUUCUUCAACGAUAAUUGAUAGUAACAAAAAAGUCGAUCGAUAUAACAUCAGAACACCGAAGUUAAUUGCUGAUAAAAUUGUAGCAGCUUUAAAUGAAAAAUCGUUAAGACUAGCAUCAUUGAGUAAAUUUUUUUGGUGUAAAAUAUAAUAAUUUUAAUGAGUGCUUCUGAUAUACAUAGAGUUAUAGAACUUUCAUUGAGAGUAAGGCUAAUAAAUUAUUUGUUUCAUUCAGUUUUUUUUAAGAUCAUUACGUCUACAAUUUCGACAGAAAACUUAUUUACGGGCAAUACAUACCACUUAUUUCUUAUAAGUUAUACAUGCAGUGCCUUGCAAAUUCUUAAAUUUUUAGUUGUUUUCAUUAUAAGAACAUAAGGCAUGGGGCAUACAAUUUUCUAAGUAACUUUAAAGAAUGCUUGAUCUCAAAGUCAGAAUUUGAAAACGGACAAAUUUUGAGAACGACUUAAGCAAUUCGUAUGUAUACAAAAUGUUCCUUUUAAGUUCGCAAAGAAGAAAAACAUUUUUUAUCACUUCUAAUGUUAAUACAAAAUAUCUGUUUCCACUU